GAACGCUCUGCGCUGAUUUUGGACAGAACGUUAUUGUAUAGUUAAUCGAUUUUGGCCCAACUACUUGAUGAUACUAUUUGUUGUACCUCCUCCUCCACAUGAAAGUUUACUACCCUGCUGUUGCUCACUUCGACACCGACGACGUCGAAUGAUCAUUGCACGCUGGAGAGAGAUCACUGCUACUUAGCAGCAGCAGCGUCGGGUCGACCAGUAACAUUACCAAUCCAGACCAAUAUGGUUUAGUCAUAUGGUAAAAUCCGAUCGCGAGUCACGGUGUGUGAUUGUUUAUUCAAUAGGUGCAUGGUGCUGUGUGAUCAGUUUUCGGCGGUGCGCGCAAAUGGUUGGAAAAAUAUCAUUUUUAAGGUGAAAUUUAACUGCCACAAAAAAUCUCCGAUUUGCGAAUGAUUCGUGUUGGUGUAAACCAUUGAUUUGUGAGAUUGUGCCAGUCUGUUUUAGUUAACGAUCGUGAAAAAUCAACUUUAAAUCAAGGUGAUAUUCUGGAGCGAAAUUAAGUUCGACAGACCGCUUGCAGUGAACAGUCAAAACUUCAACGAGACAGGAAACAUGUCUGAUGCAUUGUUGGCUGAUCUGCAAAAUACCGUGCCUGGGCACAAUCAGCAUGUUGGCGGAGGAUCGUCUGUUCCUGGUUAUGGCAGCUUGAAUGGAGUCAGGAACAAGCAAACUCCUAGCCCGCAAACAUACCAGAACACAGCGACCAAAACAGUAACGGAAACACGCACUGCUAACGGUUACAAUGGUUCCUUGCCGCGAUCCAGUACGCCGCAUCAUAACAACUCGCUGCCGCGGUCCAGUACGCCCCAAAAGUUACAAACGUCCACCUCUGGCAAUCUAUCGGAAUUGGACUCAUUGCUGCAAGAUUUGAGCAGUGCCCGAUACGGAAACAUCGUGGAAAAACAUACCGCCAACAAUGGAACCACUAGUCCUUCGCCAUACGCUAUCAACGACACAAUCAAGCGACCCUCGGUGGACAGUCUGCUUGACGAGCUGAGCAAUGCCAAUGCUAAUCCGAUUUAUGCUGUACCUUAUGGCAAUCAAUCGCCCAAUCCUCAGCCACAUCCCGGUCGACAGGUCACAAUUACGGUACGGGAAACUACUACCGAAAAGUUAACCGGAACGCCUAGUGCCAAUUAUCAGGAUCAAAUGUAUCAGCAGCAGCUAGCCCAACAUGAACAGGCAAACCACACUUCUUCGGCCACCAAAGAGUUGGACGAUCUAAUGGCAUCACUUUCAGAUUUUAAGAUCACAGCCGGCUCGCACCAGCAUCAGGCGGUUACGGAUUACGCCAAACCGAAUCAGGGCACCGCACACUAUCAGAGCACUCUAACGACGGUGACCACGACCGAACAGCUAGCUCCGGUAAACGAUCAGCUGGAUUCUAUGCUCGGAAACCUGCAGGCCGACAUGAGUCGUCAGGGAGUCAACACGACCCAGAAGGGCUGCUGCAAUGCGUGCGACAAACCGAUCGUCGGACAGGUCAUUACGGCGCUGGGAAAAACCUGGCACCCGGAGCAUUUCACCUGCAACCACUGCAGCCAGGAGCUGGGAACGAGAAACUUCUUCGAACGUGACGGAAAUCCGUACUGCGAACCGGAUUAUCAUAACCUGUUCAGCCCACGUUGUGCCUACUGCAAUGGACCGAUUUUGGAUAAAUGCGUAACGGCUUUGGAGAAAACUUGGCACACCGAGCACUUUUUCUGCGCCCAGUGCGGCCAGCAGUUCGGUGAGGACGGGUUCCACGAGCGCGACGGCAAACCGUACUGCCGCAACGAUUACUUCGACAUGUUCGCACCCAAGUGCAACGGAUGCAACCGGGCCAUCAUGGAGAACUACAUUUCCGCGCUGAACAGCCAGUGGCAUCCGGACUGUUUCGUGUGCAGGGACUGCCGUCAGCCGUUCUUCGGGGGAUCCUUCUUCGAUCACGAGGGUCUACCGUACUGUGAAACGCACUACCACGCCAAGCGGGGUUCGCUGUGCGCCGGCUGCUCGAAACCCAUCACCGGACGCUGCAUUACGGCCAUGUUCAAGAAAUUCCACCCGGAACACUUCGUGUGCGCUUUCUGUCUGAAGCAGCUGAACAAGGGCACCUUCAAGGAGCAGAACGAUAAGCCCUACUGCCAUCAAUGUUUCGAUAAACUGUUCGGAUAGGACACCGACGGUGGCAACCAGCGAUGGUAAACGGAUUUUUUAUGGUUUUCUACGUGUUAUUGUUCUUCCUCCGUCUAUCUCCGUCUUUCCGAUAUGUGCGAAUGUUUUACUCAAAUGACUGCUUGUUUCGUUUCGGGUUCAUUUAGCUUACACGUGUAUUUUUCGUACGAAUUAUGAUUGAAAUGUUUACUUAACACUAAUGAUUUACAAUUAUGAGCGAAGCGCGAAGGGAAGUGCUUUUCCAGUUAAUAUAAAUAUUUUGUUGUUUUUGUGUAAAAUUGAGUAUACACACAAAUUUGCAUAUAACAAUGUUGUAACUUUGCAUUCAGUAAAAUGCAGCAAAUCGAAACGUGUUUAAAAACCAUUACUGAAGCAAAAUGCAAUGUAACAAGUAUUUAACAUAUUUUAUAGUAUAAACGAUCUGCGAUUGAGCAGAAGUUAAUUUGUGACUUGGUCACAAUAAUCGUGCAAAAGAUAACCAGUCAAUCUGUAUUACAUUCUUCAGCAAACUAUAUAGCAACGGUAGCAAAAACAAAUGUUCAUGGGUUUCCCAACAGUAACUGUAAUUACAAUUAAACAAUUUCUCGGACACACAAAACCUGACAUAGUGAAAUAAUACGACGAAUUAUGUUCAAAGUUAUAAACUAACAGUUCAAAAUUAGCGGAUGCCUGUCCCAUACCCGCAUUAACUGGGGCCUAUUCGAAUUCGAAAAAUUAUUCUGCAAGUAACUGCUGUAACGACCACGAUGUCGUACUUCGGUGCUUCUCGGAUAAUUGCACAAGGUUGAGUGGUGUUUAGAUCAUAUAGUGUAGUUCGUUAAAGUGAAAAUUGAAAUAUCAUAAUAAAUCGCGUAGAUAAUUAUUCCCUAACAUUCAAUAAAUGCCGUUAAAAUCUA